AUGAUAAAUUCUGAUCCAGAAGGUAUAGAGUAUAGAAUGAUAAAGUCUGUUAACAACAAAAAAAGUACGGAAGUUAGAAAAGAAAAGCAACAAUUAGCAAAGCAACAGGAACAAAUAGAGAAACAAGAGGAACAACUUCAAUCUGAAAAGAACAAAGAAUAUGAUCCUAUUGAUUACUUCUCACAAUCUUCCAAAGAUUUUGAUUGCAAAGUAUUGGAUAAAUACAUACAUAAUGAUACUAACAAAGCAAAGGAAUAUAUAUUGCAAUAUUUUAUUAAAUCUUCAUCUGAAGAUAUUGUUUACAUGUGGAAUCAUGACAAAGAGGCAGUCAUUUCUAUCAAGACAACAGACAUCAAAUCAAAAUAUUUAACAAGGAACAAAGCACCCAAGUUUAGUGCAGGUGAUUGGUUUUUCAACAAUGAAAGAAACUUUGUUGAUGUAGAGUUUAAUCUAAAUGAAUCAAGGAUCGAUUUACAAAGUUAA